AUCUGGCAACCCUGUAACGAUACACAAGACUGGCUGACAUGUUUUUGUUUGGUUACGAGGUAAUUGUGAUGUGAGAAAUUUGACUAGUCGAACGAGAUUAAGGCAAUUCGUAAAGAAAGUAAAGACUUCACAAUUGCAAGUAACUAUAGAUUGUCUGCUCAUACUAAACAUUAGACACCGUUUCUUUGAAGAUGUAUUCUUAAAAAAAAAUUACAUCUAACCUUUGAGCGUUAAAAAUCAAGAUUGUCUGAAGUUCAUAGCUCACAUAACCUGUUGCUCCUCUUUUAAACCGUUUACACCUCACACUACCUCAUAAGUAAAUCAAGUGUAACACUACGAUGUGACAAUUAUGAGCGGCCAAAUGAAAGUCAAGUCGCUUUCGCUUAGUCGGCGAACCCAGACUCCACCGGCCAAGGAAGAGGGUGGAAAGCUGGUAAUCACAGAAACGGAAAAGGCGCAGGUGUCGAAUCUGGACAGCAUGCUAAGUUCUCCGAUCUCCCAUUCGUCGCAUCUCUGCUCAACACCGAUCAGAAACAAUGUCGAACACAGGCUCAGGGAUGAAUCACCGGAUCAAUAUCUGCACUAUAGUCCGACAUCAUCAUUGUACCCCUGCACACAGGAAAGCGGCAGUGAAAUAGCCUGGGAUUGGCACAGCACUUCGAACGGGCAUUACAAUUCGUCUAGUACGGAUACGGCUGGAGGAAAGGGUAACACGAUGAAUAACAACACGCCGAAGCGAACACAGCUGUUGUCGAAGCAGAAACGUACAGCGAAAUCAAACUCUCCCCUGUUGAAUAUUCCUCCCAAGAGAAAGCUCAUGCUAAUGAACGUCGCUGAGAGCAUUGGAAAGUUUGCCGCAGAGCUCAAAGCUGUUGCCGAUAACAUAAAGAUGGAACAACAAAGCACAGAGAGUCGCGAAGCAGGAUCAGCAGCAGCUUCGGAAGCCUCUAAGGAGGUCAAUAUAUUCGACAUGAAGACGCAGGUCGUCAGGCGAGAGGAUGAUGUGGAUAUUCAUGAAGCGUCAACGUUCGACUUCAAUAUCUUGGUCGAAAAGUCUCCUGGAUGUAACAACGACGCCAAGACGUGCGGUUCUAAUCUAGACGACAUGUUCGAUGAGUCUCUUGACGAGUGCAUGGUGCAGUGCAGUCAGGAAGUCGAGGACAAGCUAAAGCAGAUAUCGGAGGUGUCUAAGAAGAUGGAUAAGCCUGCGACUGUGACUUGUGCGAGUAACAGCGGAAGGCCAAAUACUGAUUUGAACGCUAAACGAAGCUUGGUGAACGCUGCGAAUAGACGGCAUAACUUUGAAACGAGGGACGGAGUAAAUACGAAGACUGUGAAAAGGUGCGAUGUGACAAUGCUGGGAAACGAUAUUCCAGCCUCCCAAAUCCCAGACGAUUCUUUCGACGAUUGCUUGGCUCUUUGUCUGGACGAUGACGACGAAUUACUGAGCCAGCAUGUGAGCAACACCAAAGUGAAGAUUUCGAAUAACUCGACGAAUGCAAACUCUUCGUCUUCAAAGACGGUAGUUUCGAAUAAAUGGAUAACGACGAACCUGGAUAAGGCAAAUCCAAGACCGACGACCAGUGGGACGAACCAGCCAAUGGAAACUAGUUCAAAUUUCAAACGAAAACAACAGUGUAUGAUGAGCUCCGAGGGUGGGAUUACUCACCAAAGCCGAAAAUUCUUCAAGACCAAAAGUUUGUCUGAUUCAAUUUGCGAAAAUACAAGCGUAGGAACUGAUUCACCUUCGAAGACAGCAGUUUCGAUUACUUUGACAACGAGGAAUCUGGAUGAGGUAAAUCCGAUGCCGACCACCAGUUGGACGAACCAACCGAUGGAAACUAGUUCGAAUUUCAAACGAAAACAACAGUGUAUGACGGGCUCCGAGAGUGCGACGGCUUAUGAAAACCGAAAAUUCUUCAAGUCCAAAAGUUUGUCCGAUUCAAAUUGCGGAAAUGCAAGCGCAGAUAUGGCGGGAAAUUCGAAAUCGAACCUAAAUCCGAACAUGGGGGGAAUAUGCAAUGUUCAACCCGUAUCAAAGUCUUCGUCGAAUCAUAAUUCAAAUGCGCAAAGAAGGAACGACGCGUGUUCCACUCCUAAUGUGAACAAUCCCGGUUCGGCUGAUAGUCAGGUAUCUUAUUCCUACCGGAGAUACAGCAAUAAUAUCAACGGCGUUUCAAACGGAUCUGUAGGGAAUUCCGAUCCUUACGCAGUUCCUACGUUACCUCCCGACAGGCAAGGCUGUACGGGAAGUGGGAACGCAGCUGUGUCUAAUUGUCGGUUGGCGCAUUGCACGCCUGAAGAAAUCGAGAGAAAACGGACUGAAGCUAGAAUGAAACUGGAAUCGAGAUUAAGGAAACAAGGGGUCACGGGAAAACCAGAUAUUGGUCCAGUUGGUAAGAGACCAGCCGUAAAGAGAUAGAAAACAUAACUGACGCCUAGAAUUGUUAUUUGUUUCUGUAUUUAUGUUUUUUCGAAUAUAGUUUUUCGUAUUGUUGAAUACGUUUAUAAAUGUUUUCUUCGUCGUCUACUCCUCGUAUCUCGCUCAGUAAACUUUUUUUAACGGAAGUGCAGUGGCAAAAAUCGUUGCUCAAUAACGACAGGUUUCAACGAAUGGAAUUUUUUUCGUCAUUCUGGGGUUCCUAAUUGUAAUAAUAAUCAUAAUUUCAUAACGUCGAAUUGUUAAUUUAAAUAUAUCCAAAGUGUUAUUACUGAUCAUUCAAAGGAAAAAAGUAAACCAGUGUACAUACAUGAUAUAUUUUUCUAUUUCCGUGAUCAACACAUUUCAUAUAUUUGAAAUAUCACAAUAAAUAUUAUUCCGAAAUUGA